AUGGCAUUUUUAGAAUCGCUUAAAUCCCAAGUAAACAACGUGAAUAUGUCAAUCGGGGAGUUGGUGAAGGAUGCGUCGUAUCCUGUGAAAACCAUGAAAAACGUGGAGACAAAGUACGGGACAGCUGUCACGUGCAUAUUGUGCAACCCCGCGGGAACUGGCACGAUCAACGUAUUUUUACCGAAGUCAGUUCAAAUGGGUGAUGGGGAUAUAGCGGCGUAUAAUAUCGGGAAUUUGCCCGUAGUGAGCCUCAUUUAUAGAGGAAUGAAUAAUAAGAGUUUCAUUAUAGAUUUCCAAUGA